CCAUCCACAUGAGUGACUGAAAGCUGCUGAUAGGCCGCGGUUGCACCGGGCGAGGAGCCUGGCUGUGCUGUCACGUCGAGCCAUUACCCAGCUGUGCCUUGCCUCCCCCCAUCCCACCCUUUCCACCUGCCCGGAUGUCGGUGCCGGAAACAGUGUCUGCUCUGUGCGGCCGGUGAUGCUGUCAGGGGCGGGAGUGAGCAACAUGGCUGCGGUUCCACACUCUGCGUACCUCUUGGUGCUAAUGCUCCUGGCCAGUGUCAAUGCAUUGACCCCUAGCCACUAUCUCACUCGGGCAGAUGUAGAGAGACUUAAAGAAACUCUGGAACACCCUGUGACGGAACUGGAGAAUGCAUAUUAUUACAUUGUAGGUUUUCAACAUCUUGACGCCAGUGUAUCGGAUGAACAGGUAGCCUGUGAUUUCAUCCGCUCCAAUGUAGAUACAAGUAGUGUGGAUUCUCUGUUCUAUGCUGCUCAGUCCAGCCAAGCCCUGUCCAAGUGUGAGGUUCCUAUCUCCAAUGAAACUAAAGAGCUUCUGCUUGGUGCAAUUAGCGAGGAUUCCUCAGUCAACCAGAUAUACCAUGCAGUGGGGGCACUCAGUGGCUUUGGCCUCCCCCUGGCCUCACAGGAAGUAGUAGGUGCCCUCACCACCAGACUCAGCAAGGAGGAGAAUGUCCUAGCAACCAUUGAAGCCCUGUUAACUGCUUCAAUGCUGUCCCAGCAAGCUGACCUGCGUGGGAUUGUGGAAGAGAUAGAGGAUUUGGUUGCUCGUCUGGAUGACCUGGGCGGUCAGUAUCUACAAUUCGAGGAAGGUCUAGAAGCCACGGCUUUGUUUGUGGCAGCUACGUACAGAUUGUCAGACCAUGUUGGUGUGGAGCCUGCACUAAAAGAGGACCAGAUUGUGCAGCUGGUGAAUGCCAUCUUUAGCAGGAAAAACUUUGAGUCCCUCUCAGAAGCCUUUAGUGUGGCACUGGCAGCAUCUGCUCUAUCCCACAAUCACUUUCACCUUCCGCUCAUUGUGAUUCCUGAUGGACCCGCUGCUGUUUCUCACAAACAGCCCUUCCUUAGGCUGCUUGUUACCAAUGUCCUCUCCCAACCGCUGACAGACGCCAAAGUGAAAGUCAAUCAAGCCAAGUACAGCAGCACAAAAGCCACAGUUUUACAGCAGGCAGCAUUCACAGCAUCUGGGGAUUCCUUUCAACUGAAUUUCAUGGAUGCCAAACCAGCAAGCGGCUACUAUGACUUCUCAGUCAGUGUGGAGGGUGAUAGCCGCUUUCUGGCCAGCCAGUUGGAUAUCAAGGUGAAGGUGUCCACUGAAGUGGGAAUCAACAGCGUUGACCUCUCCAUAGUAGACAAAGACCAGAGUAUCUCUCCAAAAACCACCAGGGUGGCGUUUCCUUCCAAAGCCAAAGGACCUUUUGCUACAGACAGUCACCAGAACUUUGCCCUGUCCUUCCAGCUCACAGAUGUGAACACGGGGGCCAACCUGACACCACAUCAGACAUUUGUUCGAUUGCACAACCAAAAGACGGGCCAGGAGGUUGUGUUUGUGGCUGAGCCAGACACUAAGAGUACUUACAGAUUUGAGCUAGACCCAUCUGAAAGAAAGUCUGAGUUUGACUCUGCAUCUGGUACUUACACACUCUACCUGAUUAUUGGAGAUGCUACCCUGGAAAACCCCAUCCUAUGGAAUAUGGCUGAUGUGGUGAUUAAAUUCCCUGAGGAGGACUCUCCAACACCCAUCCAGAGCAAGAGCUUGUUUACUCCCAAACCGGACAUUCAGCAUUUAUUCCGGGAGCCGGAGAAGAGACCACCGACCGUUGUAUCAAACGCAUUCACUGCACUUGUCCUUGCUCCACUGCUUUUGCUCUUCAUCCUUUGGAUAAAGAUUGGUGUGAAUGUCUCCAACUUCAGCUUCUCUCCAGGCACACUGGUUUUCCAUCUAGGGCAUGCAGCUAUGCUGGGCCUGAUGUAUGUUUACUGGACGCAGCUGGACAUGUUUCAGACUCUGAAAUACUUGACUGUAUUGGGUAUUAUCACCUUCCUGGCUGGAAAUCGUAUGCUUGCCCAAAAAGCAGUCAAGAGGACUGCAGCCGAACAAAGCAGUAGGUUGGCAAAGUAUAGAACACUUCGGUAAUCUGGGAGUGUCUCAUGAAGACAAAGAAGUGAAGGGAUCAGGAUACAAAGACAACACCUUAAGAUGGCAGCGUCUGUUCAUUUGUACAAGUUGAAACUGCAGUACGUUUUUAUUUCUGUGCCCCAAGUAGGUCUUCUGCACUGAUUGUAACGUUACAGUCCCUCCACCACUGUUCUUGCCUCUCUUCAUUGAAACCACUGUGAAUUCCAUUCCAGACACUGUACGCUGCCAUGCUUUUCGUUUGGGGGAGGCUGUGACCCACCUGAACGGCUUCACACAUUUUCAGACCAUGACAAUUUGAGUGUUCGGGGAUCAGUGCCAUUGUUUUUGUUUUGAAAAGUGGAAUUAGGAAAAAAUGGGACUUGGGGGUUUUGUAUUUUUUUUUUUUUUUUUUCCCUCCUGAAAAUAAAAUUAAAGGUGAGCGGG